AUGAUCCUAAAUAUCAAACAUAUCCUGUGGUUAUAUUAUCUCUGCGAAGCUGCAGCUGCUACAGCCUCCAACAGUUUAGAAAUAAUCAGCCCAGUUUCUGGGUCCCUCGCAGGGAAAGUAAGUCUGCCCUGCUUCUUCUCCAUAAUCACAACUUCAGAACCAUUCAUCAGUCCCAAUGGAACAGCCAUUUAUAAUGAUGACUACUUACGGAUCAAAUGGACCAAAAUAGACGGUCAAGUGGAAUCCACAGUGUUAGUGGCACAAAAUGGGGUCAUCAAGAUUGGCUCAAGUUACAGGAACCGUGUGUCAGUGCCCAGUCACCCUGAAAAUGUUGGUGACGCCUCGUUAACAGUGGUCAAGCUGCGUGCCAGUGAUGCAGGUACUUACCGUUGUGAGGUCAUGUACGGCAUUGAAGACACCCAGGACACAAUUAACCUUGACGUCAGUGGUGUGGUUUUUCACUACCGAUCUAGCACCAGCAGGUAUACUUUCAAUUACCAGACGGCUAUACAAACUUGCCAAGAUGUUGGAGCAACCAUUGCCACCUAUGGCCAGCUGAAAUCCGCAUACGAGGACGGCUUUGACCACUGCGAUGCUGGUUGGCUUGCUGACCAGACAGUGAGAUACCCAAUUAUAAAACCAAGACAGGGCUGCUAUGGAAACCUGAUGACUAAGCCUGGCAUUAGGUCAUAUGGAACCAGGAACCCCACAGAGACCUAUGAUGUGUACUGUUACGUAGACAGGCUUGAUGGUGAAGUCUACUAUGCUCCUGUCAGCCAUAAGAUGACUUUUAAAGAGGCUAGUGAAGAGUGUAAAAAGAGGAAGGCUGUCCUGGCAACCCCCGGCCAGCUCCAUGCCGCUUGGAGACACGGACUGGACAGAUGCGACUAUGGCUGGCUGGCUGAUGGCAGCGUGCGACAUCCUGUUGCAGUACCCAGAACCAAGUGUGGGGGAGGUCUGCUCGGCGUCAGGACCAUGUAUCGCUUCAAAAACCAGACUGGCUUCCCAGAACCUACUAAGAAGCUCGGGGCUUACUGUUUUAAAGGAGUUCAUUCUUGCAUAGAAAACAACUGUCUGAAUGGGGGAUCCUGCUACAAAGAUGGCAGCGUCUCCUCAUGCAGAUGCCCUGCUGGUUACACUGGUCAACGAUGUGAAACAGACAUUGAUGAGUGUCAGUCAAACCCAUGCCACAAUGGAGGCACAUGUGUUGAUGGGCUGGCUUCCUUUACAUGCGUGUGUCUCCCAAGCUACUCUGGGCUGUACUGUGAGAUGGACACAGAAACAUGUGAUUAUGGCUGGCACAAGUUUCAAGGCCACUGCUACAAAUACUUACCCCAGAGGAAAAGCUGGGACUCAGCAGAGCGAGAGUGCCGCAUGCACGGGGCUCAUCUUUCUAGCAUCCUUUCCCACGAAGAGCAACAGUUUGUCAACCGUCUUGGACAGGACUACCAGUGGAUCGGCCUGAAUGAUAAGAUGUUUGACGGCGACUUCCGCUGGACUGAUGGCAGCCCUCUGCAAUAUGAGAACUGGAGGCCGAACCAGCCUGACAGUUUCUUCUCCUCUGGUGAAGACUGCGUCGUGGUCAUAUGGCAUGAGGACGGCCAGUGGAAUGACGUCCCUUGCAACUACCACCUAACCUUCACGUGCAAAAAGGGCACAGUGGCUUGCAGUGAACCUCCGAUGGUGGAGAAUGCAUAUACCUUUGGCAAGAAGCGUGAGCGGUACGAAAUAAACUCUCUGGUGAGGUACCAGUGUCGGACAGGCUUCAUUCAGAGGCAUGUCCCAACCAUCCGUUGCCGUGGGGAUGGACGAUGGGAUAUCCCUAAAAUCACCUGCAUUGACCCAUCGAGCUACAGGAGGACCUUCGUGAGAAGACAUCAGCACAAUAGUCUCUACAGCAUCAACAACUUCAAAAACCGGCAACACAUCGACCAGCAGCGCUACCGGGGAAAAAGGGACAAAACUCACCAUAAAAGGAAAAGGUCGUGAUUUCCACAUGUUUCCUCGAGAGAACAACGUAAGCCUGAUGCCCGUUUGGAGAGAGGGAAAAAGCAAACGCAAAAAAGAAAGUUUUUCCAAGAAACGCAGGAGAUAAGUUGCAGAUUUCUUGCAAUUUGGAUGGCGAUGGAAUCGCAUGAAGUGCCUUUUAGAUGUUGACGCAAGACUUUUCAUAUCUGUUGGUGAUUGUUGUAACAGUUUCAGUGUGGUUUAAAAAAAACUACUUUCAGUUGACUUAUGGAAAAGCAAAGAGUACUAUCUUUAUAUGUGUAUAUUAUUUUCUAACAGCAAAAGUCUUUUCCUCUUUCUUAGCUCAUCAAAUAAUUCAUUCAUAGCUGUUACCUAAUACCUCUGUACACCAACUAUGCCAUUUAUCACUGCAAGUGCUCCUCAUUUACAGGAAGUAAGGUGUUGAAAGAAGCGUUCGUGUUAAAAAAAUCCUGUUAUCCAUCCUGCCGUUUCAGGAAGGGCUACAAGCAGACAUACACGACGGAUGAUCAAGCCCUCAUGUUUUCAGCCAAAGUUCUCUUUGUGAGGAGAUCAAGCUCUGAUUUCUAAGUACACAAACUGCAGUGAUUAUGCAAAGGACCCAUUUCAGAUUACAUUCAAACAAAAUCUAACUUUUAUAUGAAAACUAAUUACAACCCUAAAGUGUUCUAUGUUAGUGAACAGAGGCCCAGAUCAUGUUGUUACACAUGGUUUCAUAGCUUUCUCAGUAGUUACUGAAAUUCCUAAUCUAAUCGAGAAAAUGUAAUUUAAUUUCCUUAUGGAGGCAGCUUUCAAAGAGCCAAAUGACCAGCAUUUAUUAUUUCUGCUCUGAUUAGUGAAUACGAUGUCAAAUGACAUCUUCAUAGAUAGAAAGCUUAAGAGAGAAUCUCAGAAAAUGUUAUCUAAGAAUACUCUCUAAGUACUUAUUGACAAAACCUUUAUUUGGAGGUGAAUAUAGAUGUUAUUCUUUUUUUAAACAGAAGAAGGGAAGUGUGGUUUUGAGUGCAUAACUUACACUCAGUUAAUACAGCAUGUUUACAUGAACUAUUGUGCUGUUUUUAAUCUCUCGCCAGAGUCUGCUGCUGCUUUUCUGUCGUAGCUUAAUAUAUCUUUUCCUACAAUGUUUUCUGACUCGUGCUUUUCUUCACAGAACAAUUCAGUUUUUGUGGUCACUUCAAAUCAGUCAGUGAGUGAAUGUAUAGUAUUUUUUUUUUACGAAAUACUCAGAAAGACUUGAACGUAAGAACUGUUUUGGCAGAGAUGCGUAUAAUUUAUUUUCAAGCUGCUCUUGAUCUCCUCACUUAUUUUUUACUGACAUGAAAAGUAUGAUGCUGUCACUUGACCCAGCAAUGCUCUUCAUGUAUUUUUUUUUUGUGAUUUUUAAGAGGAAACAAGCCACAUUCACAGACUGUUUUAAAAGGAUGCAGUGAAAAUGGAGAAUUACUCAGCAGUAUGAUUGAUUUGCAUGUCUUUUUUACAUAUUCAACAGCAAUCGGUGGUCUGAGAGUCCACAUCAGCAAUGAUCUGCAAUAUUUAUGUCUUGUAUCAUUGGCAAAAUAUUUGUACAUGUGGGUGGUGAUGUGUCUCAGCCAGAUUUUUAAUAGAGAAAUGUCAUUUUUGUGCACAUAAUACAUUUUAUAUUUAUAACUUAAAAAAAAGCAAAAAACAAUUUAUAAUGUGAAUAUCUGGGAUGUUUGUGUUUUUGUAAGGAUCAUUUUUUCCUGCUUUAAGUCAC